AAACUCUGCCUUGAAAGAACCGCGGAGCUGCCUUAGGGCCCUGGGACUGCUGCUUGGCGUCGUCCCCUUUCUCCUCCCGACCUCCUCUUCCACCACUGUGCGCCCUCCCUGGGCAAUUUGACUUCGGGCUCCUUCCCUCUCUUUUUCUCGCCACCCAGCCCCGUAUCGCCGCCAGGCCCGGAGCGCCCCGCCUCCGCGCUGUCGCUUUAAGCCGGUCCCCGCGCUGCGCCCCUCCCUCACCCCUCCUGGCGCUCCUCCGCUGCCCCUCACCGCCCCUCCCGCUCCUCCUCUCCCGCUCCUCCUCCUCCACCAUCUCCUCCUCCUCCUCCUCCUCCUCCUCCUCUCCCGCUAGUCCUCGCCGCAGCCGGCCCGCCGCCCGCUCCGCUCCUCGCCGCCUCCCGGACCCGCAGCCAUGGCCGACAUCAAGACGGGCAUUUUCGCCAAGAACGUGCAGAAGCGACUCAACCGCGCGCAGGAAAAGGUCCUUCAGAAGCUUGGGAAAGCUGAUGAGACAAAAGAUGAACAGUUUGAAGAAUAUGUCCAGAACUUCAAACGGCAAGAGGCGGAGGGUACCAGGCUUCAGCGAGAACUCCGGGGAUAUUUAGCAGCUAUCAAAGGCAUGCAAGAAGCCUCAAUGAAGCUCACCGAGUCGCUGCAUGAAGUCUAUGAGCCUGACUGGUAUGGGCGGGAAGAUGUGAAGGUGGUUGGCGAGAAAUGUGAUGUCCUAUGGGAAGACUUUCAUCAAAAACUAGUGGAUGGGUCCUUGCUGACACUGGAUACCUAUCUGGGCCAAUUUCCUGACAUAAAGAAUCGCAUUGCAAAGCGCAGCAGGAAGCUGGUGGACUAUGACAGUGCUCGCCACCAUCUGGAAGCUUUGCAGAGCUCCAAGAGGAAGGAUGAAAGUCGAAUCUCUAAGGCAGAAGAGGAAUUUCAGAAAGCACAGAAAGUGUUUGAAGAGUUUAACGUUGACUUACAAGAGGAGUUACCGUCAUUAUGGUCAAGACGAGUCGGGUUUUAUGUCAACACUUUCAAAAACGUUUCCAGCCUCGAGGCCAAGUUUCAUAAGGAAAUUGCAGUGCUUUGCCAUAAAUUGUAUGAAGUGAUGACGAAGCUGGGUGACCAGCACGCUGACAAGGCCUUCACCAUUCAAGGAGCUCCCAGCGAUUCUGGUCCUCUCCGCAUCGCAAAGACACCCUCACCACCUGAGGAGCCUUCACCCAUCCCGAGCCCAACAGCUAGUCCCAAUCACACGCUGACACCUGCAUCUCCUGCACCAGCAAGGCCUAGGUCACCUUCACAGACAAGGAAGGGGCCUCCCGUCCCACCUCUGCCUAAAGUCACCCCAACAAAGGAACUCCAGCAGGAGAACAUCAUCAGUUUCUUCGAGGACAACUUUGUUCCAGAAAUCAGUGUGACGACACCUUCACAGAACGAAGCCCCUGAGGUGAAGAAAGAGGAGACAUUGUUGGAUCUGGACUUCGACCCUUUCAAGCCUGAGGUGGCACCUGCAGGUUCUGCCGGAGUGACCCACUCCCCCAUGUCACAGACAUUGCCCUGGGACCUAUGGACGACAAGCACUGAUUUGGUACAGCCGACUGACUCUUCAAAAAAUCUUUCCCUGUGUAACCUGAUCAUGGAGGAAACUCCAGAGAGUCGGUUGGCCGAAGAAAUUCAAAGAUCUCAGAUUGACCUAGGUGCUUUUAUUUGGGGCCCUGAUGCUAGUACAGAGAGUAUCAGCCAGGAAGUUACCCAAGGUGGGUCUGAGGAAGACUCUUCAUGUCUCUCUGAAGCAGAGCAAGACAUUGGAUUAUCCACUGGAAUUCCUUCUUCUGCUGACUGGCACACUGUAGCUGAACAGGGUGAACAUAUCGUGGGGCCAGCCCCUCUGUGUGGAAAUGAACAGAUGUACCCAAAGCCUGUGCCUGAGGCUGAAUUUGCCACAGCAGCUGGUACGGAGAUGGAGCAGCCUCAUGACUUACCUGCCUCAGAGAUGGCAGCCACAGAAACUGGUGGCCUGGUCAAUGAAAGUCAAGAAGGUGUUAAACAGUCAGAAGAAGAGGAAGAGAAAGAGAAGAUAGAAGAUUCUAUGUGGGCAGGUGUGGAGACGUGUGAAAAGGCUUCUGGUGGUACAUUUAAUGGAUUCACCCAGCCCCAGGACACUUCAUUAUUCACAAUGCAGACAGACCAGAGCAUGAUCUGUAACUUGCCUGACUCUGAACAGGCUCCACCCACAGAGCCGAAAGCAGAGGAGCCCCCUGUCGCUGCCGCACUUGCUGUUGGGCUGGACUCUGGACUGGACACCCAGGCUGAGGAGCCAGUGGAGGGGGCAGUGGUCAUACCUGGAACGGACGCCGAUGUGGCUGUUGGAACCGUGGUGUCAGCCGCUGAGGAGGCCCCAGUGGAGGAAGCAGAGACAGAGAAGGCAGCUCUUCCUGCUGGGGAAGGAGCAGGUGUGGAGGAGGCCAGGACUGACGCUGAUACCACACAGCCUGUAGAUAGUGACCGAUCUCAACCGGAAGAACCAGAAGCAGCUGCCCCUCAAGAGAAAGUGAUCCCUUCAGUCGUCAUAGAGCCCGCCUCCAACAAUGAAGGGGAGGGAGAUCACGAAGAGCCGGCAGGUGCAGAGUCGGUGGAGACCCCCAAUGCCGCGGCUCUUCCGGGCCCCGCCGGUGAGCUGCCAGAACUGGCCGCAGAGCCCGAGGCGGGCCAGGACUCCCAGCCACUGCCCUCCACUCCAUCUGCAAGCGAGGUGGCUCAGGAAGUGCCUCCUGGCUUCCUCUACAAGGUGGAAACACUGCAUGAUUUUGAAGCAGCAAAUUCUGAUGAACUUACCUUACAAAGGGGUGACGUGGUGUUGGUGGUCCCCUCAGAUUCAGAAGCUGACCAGGAUGCAGGUUGGCUGGUAGGAGUGAAGGAAUCAGACUGGCUUCAGUACAGAGACCUUGCCACCUACAAAGGCCUCUUUCCAGAGAACUUCACCCGGCGCCUGGAUUAGGGCCAAGAGUAUUGUAGAAAGAGCCUCGUUAAUUGGGUUUUUAAACCUCCGUGAAAACCCGAAGAGUUCACUUUUGCUAUUACACUCUUAAUGAUUUACAGGCUGGUGCCAGGCAAAGCUUGGAAAGAUAUAUCAAUGGAGCAUGUGUGCAAAAAAAAAAAAAAAAGAAAGAAAGAAAAACAAGUAAAUUACAGAUAAAGUCCUCACUGGUUCCCACGUUAUCCAUAACAGGUUUCUUUGUGCUUUGUCCAAGCUGUGGAGACUCUUGUACUUGAUCCCCUCCCACCGUUUCCAAAGUAGCUUUCUCCAGACCAGAACCUUCAUUUCUGAACACCAAGUGUAUGGUUCCUGAGUGCCUGCCCUGCGGAAGACUCGAAUUAUCCUGUAGUACGAGAUUAUCUCCUUCCCCUGCACAGGUGUGAGCACGUGAUCUCUCUCCCUUUCAAGCUGUGUUUCAAACUCAACUGCUACACAAAAGGUUCUUUUCCAACACCUCUCUCUCUGUGUAUAUGGCCACGCGGUUCCACAUGCUAGUUCCCAUCACUCCAAGAUCUAUGUGUAUGCACAAAGCUACAUAUACAUAGUUGCUUCCUUUCGUUCCAUUGUAUUCUUUGCCUCUCGAGUGUCAUUGAUACAUGCAUUGCUCUUGCUCUGUCUGGCAUUACAGUGGCGGUUUUGCCUCGGGGCAAAACCAACCAUCCAUUGCCAAAACAGUCGACAGUAUCUGCGUUGGGUACUGUGCAUUUGUCAGGAUGUGAUGACAGAUAGCAUGUCAAGGCUCCUUGUCCCUUUGGAAAAGCAGAGCCUCGUUAUCUAGGGUCCAGCUGCUGAAGCUGGAGGUAAGCUAGUCGGGAUGAGCAGCUCUAUGGUGUUACCUUAUGCCUUUCAAAGAUUGGCUGGUUGAUGGGGCAUCAAAGUCCACCCUCAAAGAACACUAUAAAAAAAAAGCUCCUAUAAAUUUCCAACUCUUUAUGCAACUCAUCUUCCCAGAUUGUCCUAAAAUAAGAUAGGCGAUGUAUGCUGUAUGCACAAAUCAUCUGUAAGAGUUAUGUUUUCAGUGCUGUGUCAUUACAAAUAAACCUCUGGAAACCUCCAGCAAUGACCUAAUUCCUUCUGUGGAGUCAUUUGUUUCAGAAACCUCGGUUCAGUCAGAGGCACUCCUUGGAACAGUGUACGUUGGAGUUGUUAUUUGUGCGGAAAUAUGCUUGUUCCUCCGGGUUGUGCUCCAGACCCCGCCUCCCUUCCCCAAAGCCCUUCCUCCCAGUCAUUGCUGCUCACCCAGCAAUGACUGCAGCACAAAUAACAGCUGUGGACUGAGGCCCCUGGCAGGUGCUGGCUGUUGACCAACUGUGUAUCACUGAAAAUUUGACGACCUCAUAAUCAGCACUUUGCUCUCCCACCAGCUCAUUUUUUGGGUCACUUUUCUUGCUGACAUGUUGAUGCGUAGGUAUAUCAAAUAGAUCACCUGGAAGAGAAAAGUCAGUUCGCUGGGCCACUCUUCAGAGAAGAGAAUUCUUAAACAUCUUUCAUUCGAUUUACUCUUUUCUCUUUUCUGCCGGUAUAAUCCCGUACACAAUGUAAGCUGGUCAACAAUGGGCAUUAUUAGUCUUCUGAAUUUGAUACGUGUUUCUGAUUCGUGGUGCCAGUUCUCUUGGCGGGUUACCGACUUUCAGGUUUCCUAACAGGGAAUUAGCUGUUAUUGACCCAGGAUUUUUCCAGGGGCUAAUUGACAGGGAAGAUGGAUCAUCACAAAUGUUCCUUUAGUGCAAGAAAAUAACAAAUGCUGCCCAGUGGCAUAGCUAAUAGUUCAACAAAUAAAUUGCAGCAACGUAAGACUGAUAAUAGGAAGCCGCUCCUGACAUUGGAGGGCAUGGGAGAGUUAAAGAUGAGACUGAAAUUUCAGUUCUUGUGAUAAAAUGCACCUAAUGUUCUUGAAAGAUAAUAGCUGCCUCUCCUGGAGCAGUUACUCUGAAAUCCCUCUCACACUCCCCGCAAGUCCACAGUGGCUCUCCUGGUGCACAGCUUGGCAGGACACGGUUCCUUAGGUAGGUUCUGCCGACACCUGUAACAUUCCUAGAUGAAUUUAACAAGUCCUUCCAAAAUGGCAGGUGUUUACUUAGUCAUUUUGUCCUGGUGUAGAGCCCUUGAAAAAACUUUCAACAUCAAAUAAUCAGAUUAUUUGUUUCAGGAAUUUUCAAGAUCCUUGAUUGUCCAAAGCCCUGUAAAUAAAGAGGCUGAGAGGGAGGGGGAUGGGAAAGUGAUCUUCUCCAGAAAUGUCUACAGAUAGAUAGGGUGUGAAUUUUCUUUUCCACUCAAUGCAUUUUCUAGGGCAUGGGGUUACUAGUGUGGAAGCUCUUUUCACUUCUCUCAGUCUGACUCAAGUUCUGAGGUCACCAAACCAUCAUAGGCACAUUCCUUGGUCAUAUGGUGGCUAAUCUGUAGCAAUGCUUUAUUCCAAAUGCUGGGCCUUGACCCAGCAAGCCCUACCCACACCCACUCUUUGUGUUUUCUGAUUUCUCUUUCAAACCCAGGGGCAUGUGGACCUUCGAAUAGUACCAGGGGCCUUCAAAGAAUCACAUAGAGCCAGCCUGUGGUUUUUAUUGAACAGCCACCCAACUGGCAUUCCCACCAAUAUCAGAAACAGACUCUCAUUUUUUUUUAAAGAUUUUAUUUAUUUAUUUGACAGAGACACAGCAAGAGAGGGAAC